CAAACCGCAGCAGGCAAUGCCCCUCCAAUCCCGAGUAUAAGAGGGGCGCGUUCCACAACGCUCUCUCCAUCUGCACCACCACCCACCUCCUCCAACUCCUCCAACUCCUCCUCGUCGUCGUGGUCGUCUUAGCCGCCUUUGUCUUUCCCGAGUCACCAUGAAGACCCUGGUGGCUCUCUGCCUCCUGGCUCUGCUGGGAGGCUGCCUAGCAGCUCGCCGCUUCGAUGGCGAUGUCGUCUACCGGAUGGUGGUGAAGACCCCGGAGCAAGUUCAGGCGAUCCGCCUCCUCGCCAAGAACAUCGAGGUGGACUUCUGGAGGCCUGACAGCGCUGAGCAGGUGGCUGUGGGCAUGGAGGUGGACAUCCGCGUUCCCGCAGCGCAGGGCGACUACGCCCGCUCCUUCAUGCAGCGCAGUGGCCUGCCCCUCCAGCCCUUCAUCCAGGACCUCCAGCAGGCCAUCGAUGCCCAGCUUGACGGGGUUCGCUCCACCGCCGGCUACAACUAUGAGAAGUACCACAACUGGGACGAGAUCAGCGCGUGGCAGUCGAGCAUCGUGGCCGAGAACCCCGACCUGGUGUCCCUCACCCGGAUCGGAUCCUCCUACCAGGGCCGCCCGCUCCUGCUGCUGACGGUGGGGAAGAAGAGCCAGACGCAGAAGAAGGCCUUCUUCAUGGACUGCACCUUCCACGCUCGUGAAUGGAUCUCUCCGGCCUUCUGCCAGUGGUUCGUCAAGGAGGCCGUGUCCACGUACGGCUCGGACGCUACCAUGACCAGCUUGCUGGACGGCAUGGACUUCCACAUCCUCACCGUGUUCAACGUGGACGGAUACGCCUACAGCUGGAGCAACGACAGAAUGUGGCGCAAGACGCGAUCCCCCAACGCGGGCACCUCGUGCAUCGGCACCGACCCCAACCGCAACUUCGACGCCGGCUGGUGCACCGGAGGCGCGUCCUCUAGCCCAUGCGCUGAGACGUACUGUGGCACGCGCAUUGAGUCCGAGGUGGAGUCCAGCUCCAUGGCCGACUUCAUCCGCUCGCGCAUCUCCUCCAUCAAGGCCUACGUGUCGGUGCACUCGUACUCACAGAUGCUGCUCUUCCCCUAUGCCUACACCUACGCGCUGCCGCCCAAUCACGCCGAGCUCCAAAGCCUGUCCAAGACGGCUGUGAGCGCCCUGCAGGGGCUGUACAACACUCGCUACACCUACGGUUCUAGCGCCACCACCAUCUACAUCGCGUCGGGCGGCUCCGACGACUGGGCCUAUGACGUGGGCAUCAAAUACUCCUUCACGCUGGAGCUGCGUGACACCGGCCGCUACGGCUUCCUGCUGCCCGAGAGCCAGAUCCGGCCCACGUGCGAGGAGACCAUGGUGGCCAUCAAGGUCAUCGCAGAGUACGUGCUGGCCAACGCCAAGUAGGGAGCCCCUCGGCGCGGCGGAGCGCGGAGGCCCUCGGCGGACUGACGGAUGGACCAAUGGGCUGAUGGAUGGACUGACCGAUGGAUAGACUGACGGAUGGACCGAUGGACUGAUGGACCGAUGGAUGGACUGACCGAUGGAUGGACUGACGGAUGGACCGAUAGACUGAUGGACUGAUGGAUGGACUGACCGAUGGAUAGACUGAUGGAUGGACCGAUGGACU